AUGCGGGAAGAGAAGGAUAUCGAGCACCAUGGGAAUGAUGACUUGGAGAAGACUGCGGUUCAUAAGGAGAAUAUAGUCAGCCCAAUGACUCCAAGCAACGAGCGAAAGCUCAUCAGAAGGAUUGACAUCCGUCUCGUUAUCACUCUUGGUCUUCUUUAUUGCAUCAGUCUCUUGGAUCGUACUAACAUGGGAGCCGCCUCAAUUGCGGGUAUGCAGGUUGAUCUUCAUAUGAAUGAGAAAAACAACGCGUACAGCAUUGCAUCACUUGUUUUCUUUAUCACAUACACAAUUUUCCAAGUUCCGGCUACCGCAAUAAUACGCAAGGUUGGCCCGCGGUACUUCAUCUCUACUAUCGCAUUUCUAUGGGGUGCGAUUAUGAUAGCUUUUGGAUUCGUCCCGAAUUGGCAAACCUUGACCGGGUUGCGGCUUAUUCUUGGGGCACUUGAGGCAGGGUUUUAUCCCGGGUGCAUCUUUCUCCUGAGUACAUGGUACACCCGUUAUGAGCUUCAAAAACGCAAUGCUGGCUUCUAUCUGAUCGGAAGUACUGCUUCUGGCUUUGGUGGCAUUCUCGCCUAUGGCUUGAUGCAGCUAAAGGGGGUCGGCGGACGAUCGGGAUGGCAAUGGAUUUUCAUCAUCGAAGGUAUUAUGACAUGCGCUCUUGCCGGUCUAGCCUCCUUUAUCUUAGUAGACUUUCCCGAAAAGUCACCCCAAUCCUGGCGAUUUCUGAAUGAAGAGGAAGCAAAUUUUAUCGUUGACCGAUUGGAAAGAGAUAGAGCGGAUGUAUUUGUUGAGCCAUUCUCUCUAAAAUCCUAUCUGGCGCAUGCAGCCGAUCUCAAAGUGUGGGCGUACUGCAUGCUUUACCUUCUCACAACCACCGUCACUUACUCGAUCGCUUAUUUUCUGCCAAUAAUUCUUUCACAAAGCAUGCACUUCUCCAUCGCAAAGUCACAAUGCCUCGUCGCCCCACCAUACGUUGCAGCUGCGAUAGUCAUGUUUGCGGAAGCGGCUUAUGCAGACAAGUAUCGAAUCCGAGGUCCGAUUGUUGCCCUCAACGCUGCACUUGGGCUUAUAGGUCUUGGGUUAAUGGGAUAUCUUCAUCAACCUGGCCCACGAUACUUUGGCGUGUUUUUGGCGACCAUCGGAGGAAACGCAAAUUGCCCAGCUCUAGUUUCAUGGCAAAGCAACAAUAUUCGCGGCCAGUGGAAACGAGCAUUUACCUCCGCCACUCUAAUCGGAGGAGGUAGCAUUGGUGGAAUCGUGGCCACGACGGUAUUUCGGGCUAAAGAUGCGCCGAGCUAUCACCCUGGCCUUCUAACUACAAUACUAGCCAAUGCGUUGACCAUCAUCAUCGUGGGUGGCUUGCUUGUUCACUUCUCUCGGGCAAACAAACGUGCGGAGGAAAGAGGGGAAGCAAUAGAAGGUCUGGUGGGCUUCAAGUACACACUCUAG